CGUGGGGUCCACCAACACACCAGAGCCGGCGAAAUGUCUCGCCAGAGUGUCGCCCCGUCGCGGAACCUGACUCUCACAGAAGAAUUGGAGAAGUUGGAGCAGUCAAUAACGCUGACCCUGCAAGAAAUCGAUCACAACUUCAGCCGAGCGCACCGCAUCGUGACAGCAAAUGUUCUGCCGAUCGUCGAGCAAUAUGGAAAACAUUCGGAAGCAGUUUGGGAAGGCUCCAAGUUCUGGAAACAAUUCUUCGAAGCCAGCGCCAAUGUCUCCCUCUCUGGCUACGAGGAUCCUGGCCAAGACGAAUCGACUGCGCAUGAAGAGACCCAAGACUCUCAACUCUAUGAUGACCAAACCGCCGAAGACACUGUGACCGGCGCGACAGCGACACCCCCCAAACCGUCCUCCUCCCAUGCUGAUAAUGACUUCGACGAUACCUCCACGCUCGAUUCGCCCUCUCUUGCGCACGCACAUAGCACGCCACGGGCGCCCCAUACAGGCGGAAAAGAACCAGUAUUCGCGGAGUACCCGUCUCCAUAUGAAGCCCUCAAACGGGAGAUGGAGGGCGGGUCGCGCACUCCCGGGCUGGAACCAACAACACCUGGCAAGAACCAAGCUCUUCCAGAUAUGACAAUGACGCCGGAGUCGUCUCCAUUCGUCCCACCAACCACUACCAAGAAGACGGUGCAUGUGAAUCAAGAUCCCCUCCUCCAUCGCAUGCUCGACAAGACUUACCGUAUUGCUGCAACGCCCCACACCGAAAUAAGGCAGAAAGCAUUCGUCGGACUCACUCCUGGCACAGCCAACAAAGGCCGCCCUGCGCUUUCACGCUGGACCGAGGACUCGUCUCCACCAUCUUCCCCCGCUCCACAACUGCGCGCCGACAUUUUCUCUUCGCCUCUAAAAGCACCCAGGACACCGGGCGUGAGUGUUCAGCAUACGCCCGGAAGGGGGAAGCAAGCUUUCAACCCCAUUCAGAGCAGGGGAGUAUUUGACAGCGACAGCGAAGUAGAGGAGGAUGGACUGGACUUUAGUCCACCGAAGACUAUGCAGUUUCACAUCCCGCAGAGCAGACUACUUCAGACGCCUGCUCGUGAAGCGAGCAAACGUAUUGUGGAGGAUCUGCUGAUGACGGCUGGAGGAGACAUUACAAGUGACUUUGAAGGGGAAGAGGAUGAUAGCCCGAGCAUUGUGAGGCGUCAAGUCGAUCUCGACGAUAGCUUCUAG